AAAAAUCCAAUUGGGUGGAAAACUGGCUGUGUGGAAAAUUAUUUGAUGCGCUUUUAGUGAGAAAUGCAUUCGAUGCGAAUUGUUCAGACCCAGUAUGCAUACAGAUUUCAAGUGCAAUUGAUGCAACCGAUAAACUGAAGUUAACUAUUUACCUCAAGGAAAUAAUUUAAGCCGAAGCCAGUCCCAGUCAAGGCAAAAGCAAAACUGCGAGUACGGGCGGUCGCGCGUUUGUCUGUGUGUAUGUAAGAGUUUUUAUCGUCGCGGUCGUUGCGGCACACAUCCAGGAGGUGGAGGAGCAGUAAUAACAAUUACAGCUUGCAAAGACUAGCGUCGUCGUCGUCGUAAUUAUACAAAAACAGCUUUGUGGGAGUGCAAGCAAUUCGCAGAGCAUGCGUGUGUGCCUGUGUGUGUAACACCCCCCAAGCAAGACGCACACACACACACACACACACUCGACACUGAAAUUAAAUCAAAUUAAAGUAAGCCUCUGCGUCCACAAGAUUAAAGCAGAAACAUCAAUUGUUAAUAGCAACAACGGUAGCACCAGGAAAGGCAGGCGGCAUCGGGAGCCGUUGACUAUUCGUUUGUUUUGUGCGCCACAUUCGCGUGCUUCUCUUUGUUUGCUGCAAGCUUUGGUCGCUGCUUGUGCGAUAGCAGCGCGUUCGGCUCCGCUUUGUGGCCAUCAGCUGGUUACGGAUUCUGUGACGGCGACAGCAACAACGCCGACAAAGUGGAUGCACAUGCACGCAGUGGCCUGGGUAUUGCCCAGGACUUUACUGGGAUGGGUGCACUGGCUGGCGCCACCGGUCCGCCUGCUCACAUGUACGGCGCCGUGGCACCACAAGACAUAAUCGUGCGGGACAUGGUGCAAAUGCCGCCGCCCCCGCCCUCCAAUGCACCCACCUCGGCAGAUGCGUGUCUGAGCAUCGUCCAUUCGCUGAUGUGCCAUCGCCAGGGUGGCGAGAGUGAGGGCUUUGCGAAACGAGCCAUCGAAUCGCUGGUGAAGAAACUGAAAGAGAAGCGUGACGAACUGGACUCACUGAUAACAGCAAUCACCACAAAUGGCGCCCAUCCCAGCAAAUGCGUGACCAUACAACGCACACUCGACGGCCGACUGCAGGUUGCUGGUCGGAAGGGGUUCCCGCACGUGAUUUACGCGCGCAUCUGGCGCUGGCCCGACCUACACAAAAAUGAGCUGAAGCAUGUGAAGUAUUGCGCCUUUGCCUUUGAUCUCAAGUGCGACUCGGUGUGUGUGAAUCCCUACCAUUACGAGCGCGUUGUUUCGCCAGGCAUCGAUUUGUCGGGCCUUAGUCUGCAAUCGGGUCCCAGUCGUUUGGUGAAAGAUGAAUAUUCUGCCGGGCCGUUGGUUGGCAGCAUGGACAUCGAUGGCAACGACAUUGGAACCAUUCAGCAUCACCCCACGCAAAUGGUCGGUCCAGGCGGCUAUGGCUAUCCGCAGGGGCCCGGUGAGUAUGUCGGCGACGCCAAUCAAAUGGGCGUAAUGUUCUCUGCUGGGCGCACAAUACCAAAAAUCGAGCCACCGGACAGCGCCGGUCCCCGCAGUUCUUGGAUGGUGCCACCCCCGCCACGAUUGGGUCAACAGCCGCCCCCACCGUCACAGCCCCAACAGACAACAACGCAGCAACAACAGCCGCAGCAAAUGACACAGAAGCUUCCCGUACCUCAUGGAAUUCCUGGCCUGCCUGGACCCAUGAAUCCUGGUCCCGUAAUGGCGCCACCAUCGGCACCACCACAAGCACAGAACCCGCAGGGCAAUGGUGUUCACCACGCACAGGCCAACUCUCCCACAGAAACAAUGGCCAUGCAACAGCAGCAGCAGCCACCGGGGGGUGGUGGCAAUAAUCCGAGUGGCGCAGGCAAUAGCGGUGGUGCUCCCUCCAGUGGCGGUCAAUACUAUGGACAACCGCCAACAGGAGCUCAAAUGCAAAACGUGGGCAACGAUGGCAAGUUUACGGGAGGGGCUGGAGGCGGUGGUGCUGCAGGUGGAGGAGCCACAUCCACGCACAUGCAACAGAACGGCUAUGUUGGUCAGCCUGGAGGCGGGACAGCCCCUGGAGGUGCACCCAACUACGGGACGGCAUCACCACAGCAGCAACAACAGCAGCAGCAGCAACAGGGUCAGCAGCCAGCUGGGCAAGCCAAUGCCUCGGCGAGUGGUGCACAGGCAAGUGGCGCAGGCGCAGCCGGCACUUGGACCGGUCCCAAUACACUCACCUACACACAGUCCAUGCAGCCGCCCGCCCAUCAUGGCGGGGGAUACUGGAACUCAUCGCUUCCCAGCGAUCUGUCCUCGCAGCAGGCACCGCCACAACAACAGCAACAGCAGCAACAGCCGCGUCUACUUUCGCGCCAACCGGCCCCGGAAUAUUGGUGCUCCAUUGCCUACUUUGAGUUGGACACCCAAGUGGGUGAGACUUUCAAAGUGCCCUCCGCCAAGCCGAACGUCAUCAUCGAUGGCUACGUUGAUCCGUCCGGUGGCAAUCGCUUCUGCCUUGGUGCAUUGAGCAACGUGCAUCGUACCGAACAAUCGGAGCGCGCCAGACUUCACAUUGGUAAAGGCGUGCAACUGGACUUGAGAGGCGAAGGCGACGUCUGGCUGCGCUGUCUUAGCGACAAUUCUGUGUUUGUACAAAGCUAUUACCUGGAUCGCGAGGCGGGUCGCACGCCGGGCGACGCUGUACACAAAAUCUAUCCAGCAGCGUGCAUAAAAGUUUUUGAUUUGCGUCAAUGCCACCAACAAAUGCACUCUUUGGCCACCAACGCUCAGGCAGCUGCAGCAGCACAGGCAGCCGCCGUUGCCGGCGUCUCGAAUCAACAGAUCGGUGGGGGCGGUAGAAGCAUCACCGCAGCCGCCGGCAUUGGCGUCGACGACUUGCGUCGGCUGUGCAUAUUACGGCUGAGCUUCGUUAAGGGCUGGGGACCUGAUUAUCCACGACAAUCGAUCAAGGAGACGCCGUGCUGGAUCGAGGUUCAUCUGCACCGGGCGCUGCAACUCCUUGACGAGGUGUUGCAUGCCAUGCCAAUCGAUGGGCCGCGAGCCAUUGCUUAGACCCAGUUGGCACCCGCAUAUAAAUAAAUAUAUUUAUUAUUCAUAGCAACAAAAACAGCAGCAACAAACAACACAACCCGUCUAGUUAUAAGUUAAUCAUUGAAUCGAUGCAUCUACGUUAAGUUUCGCGUGCAAAUGAAGAGUAUAAAAUAUUUAGUUUCGAUCUACAAUUACCAUUACGAUUAUGUUUGCCUUUAAUUAUUUAAUAAUAAUUUUUAUAAAAAAUUAAAAAAAAAAACAAACAAACCGUUUGAUAAGCCGCAGCUGUAAAACCUUAAGCAUCUAGUUUAUGUACGUACUCAUAUACAUACACACAUACAUACAUCUAAAUACCUAAUUAGAAACGCGACCAGCAGCAGUUCGUCGUCGUAUUUCCUGCCACGCAAAUCACAAGCAACCGCAUCAAUAAAUACAUACAUACACACACACACAUAAAUAUUCGACAUAAGCCGUAGUUGUAAUAUAUACAUACAUAUGUAAAUGUAAUUUAAAAAUAAAUGUCAUUUAUAUUUACAUUUGA